CUCCGCGGGGCGCCAGCCGCCUUAGGCCCGAGCAAGAGCGGACGGCGGGCGGGCGCAGCUGCAGCGUGAGCGCCGGCGGGAGCUGGUGGGCCCCGCACCUUUGCUUCUCCUCAGCGCCCGCGCCCUCGGACAUGGUGGCCCCCGGCUCUGUGACCAGCCGGCUGGGCUCGGUGUUCCCCUUCCUGCUGGUCCUGGUGGACCUACAGUACGAAGGUGCUGAAUGUGGAGUAAAUGCAGAUGUUGAGAAACAUCUUGAAUUGGGCAAGAAGCUUCUUGCAGCUGGACAGCUAGCUGAUGCCUUAUCUCAGUUUCAUGCUGCAGUAGAUGGUGACCCUGAUAACUAUAUUGCUUAUUAUCGGAGAGCUACUGUCUUCUUAGCUAUGGGCAAAUCAAAAGCAGCACUUCCUGAUUUAACUAAAGUGAUUGAAUUGAAGAUGGAUUUCACUGCAGCGAGAUUACAGAGAGGUCACUUGUUACUCAAACAAGGAAAACUUGAUGAAGCAGAAGAUGAUUUUAAAAAAGUGCUCAAAUCCAAUCCAAGUGAAAAUGAAGAAAAAGAAGCCCAGUCCCAACUUAUCAAAUCUGAUGAAAUGCAGCAUUUGCGUUCACAAGCACUUGAUGCUUUUGAAAGCUCAGAUUAUAUUGCUGCUAUAACCUUCCUUGAUAAGAUUUUAGAGGUUUGUGUUUGGGAUGCAGAACUACGGGAACUUCGAGCUGAAUGUUUUAUAAAAGAAGGGGAACCUAGGAAAGCAAUAAGUGACUUAAAAGCUGCAUCAAAAUUGAAGAAUGAUAAUACUGAGGCAUUUUAUAAAAUCAGCACACUGUACUAUGAGCUAGGAGACCAUGAACUGUCUCUCAGUGAGGUUCGUGAAUGUCUUAAACUUGACCAGGAUCAUAAAAGGUGUUUUGCACACUAUAAACAAGUCAAGAAACUUAAUAAGCUGAUUAACUCAGCUGAAGAGCUCAUCAAAGAAGGCAGAUACACAGAUGCUACCAGCAAAUAUGAAUCUGUCAUGAAAACAGAGCCAAGUGUUUCUGAGUAUACAAUUCGUUCAAAAGAAAGGAUUUGCCACUGCUUUUCGAAGGAUGAGAAGCCUGUUGAAGCUAUUCGAGGGUGUUCAGAAGUUUUACAGAUGGAACCUGACAAUGUGAACGCUCUGAAAGACCGAGCUGAGGCUUAUUUAAUAGAAGAGAUGUACGAUGAAGCCAUUCAGGACUAUGAAACUGCUCAGGAACACAAUGAGAAUGACCAGCAGAUUCGAGAAGGUCUAGAGAAAGCACAGAGGCUACUGAAACAGUCGCAGAAACGAGAUUAUUAUAAAAUCUUGGGAGUAAAAAGAAAUGCCAAAAAACAAGAAAUCAUUAAAGCAUACCGAAAAUUAGCACUGCAGUGGCACCCAGAUAACUUCCAGAAUGAAGAAGAAAAGAAAAAAGCCGAGAAAAAGUUUAUUGACAUAGCAGCUGCUAAAGAAGUCCUCUCCGAUCCAGAGAUGAGGAAGAAGUUUGACGACGGAGAAGACCCCCUGGAUGCAGAAAGCCAACAAGGAGGGGGCGGCAACCCUUUCCACAGGAGCUGGAACUCAUGGCAAGGGUUCAAUCCCUUCAGCUCAGGCGGACCUUUUAGAUUUAAAUUCCACUUCAAUUAAACCAGCUGUUUUUCUGCUCUUCAUUUUUUAAAGAUUAAACAAAAAAAAACCUUGUUCCAGGAUCUUAAUGACAAAAAAAUUUCAGUCUUUCAGUUUGUCCAUGACCAAAGAGUUGUUUUCACAGGAAAUAUCUGUUCUUAUCCGUUUUAGACUUGAGGUUGAUGGGUUUGUGAGGGCAGGGAGGCAGGGGAACGGUGCUGUGUCUGGCGGAGCAGCCUGCGUCUGGGCUGUGAACGUCGGGACGAAGGAGUCGGAGACAGGCGCGCAGAGUUUGUAUUUUUCUACACUGGAGCACGUGGAAAUUCUUUUCUUCACAUCCUUGCUUACGUGUCUGUCAGAGCCUGCAUUUGUGAGGCGGAGCUGUGGUGUCAGGAUUCUCCCAGAGGAAUGAACGUUCUGAGCUGUAUGUUCUUACUUAGAUCCUGGUCAGUCCAGUCAUUUGUAAAUAUGUUAGAUUUCCACCUGCAUUCCCAUCUCUCUUCGAGCAUGAAUGUGGCUGUCAUGGAAGGUGGGCAGAGCCUGUCUUUUAGAAAACCUGCUACCGAAUGAUAGUCGCUGGAGCCAGGGUUAGAUUUGGACGGAUGUUAAGCAUGUAUGUUUUUUUGUUCAGUACCUGCAGGGGAGUACUGAAAAUCACUGAAAUAGAAUUAAUUGUAAAUCCUACUGGCCCUUUUCAUAUGAAACACAACAAACGAAAAAGUAAUGUGUAAAAUAGGUUCAGAUAAUAUAGCAGUGGUACUUAAAAUAAUAUUGCUGUAGUGCAGAAUGAAAUACUUUAACAACAACUGAAGUUGUGAGUUAAACAGCAUUUCCUGUAACAGGAUUGGCUUAGAAAUGUAAAGUCGCUCAGUCAACAUAAACAAACAGAACGCCAUGUUUCCCACUUUUAGUAAAUACAGCCGACAGUAUCUCUUAGGUCCUGGCCUACCUGGCCCGUGGGUGCCCGUGUGGGACUGUUUUGAGGUGGGCAUUAAAUAGCAGGCCUGCCCCCUUUUCAGACCUUGAUGUCUCUGGAUGUUCUCUGCCAGAAAGAAAACAACAAAAAACAGGUUUACAGAUCUAGUUAGCUCCAGCUGUAUGUCCACUAUCAAGAUGGCAUCUCUUCUUGGGAUACCUUCUUCUUAAGAGAAAUGAACUAUUCAGUUUUUCUUUAUAUACUGGAUAAUUUUUUCCCUAAAAAAAAAAAAUGAGUGUUACUUUAAUCAAGAACAUGAAAUAUUUGUGGAAUUAUGAUGCUGCAUUUAAAAUCUAAGAAAAUUACUUUAGAUAAAAUUAUUACAUUCUGGAAAGGUUUUUGUUUUUGCCUCAGAGCAUUCUGAAGCAAUUUAAGCAGGAAAGGCUUAAUAUAUUGCUUUUAGGAAAUCAAGCAUUUUCUUUGAGUUGCGGGGACCGUCCUGACUGCUAAUAUCCACAACAGCCAGCCAAGCACAAAUCGUUUUCUUCUACAGUCAUCCUGAAACAUGCGUGGAAAAAAGUUGUUUAAACUGAGACAGAACAUAUAGUUGAGAUGAACAAAACACGUGAGUGCUUUUUCUGCAUCUAUUUAGAAGUUUAUUUCUUACCAAUAAACUUAAGAUUGCAUUUUGAAAACUAGCAAACAGCUUGCAGCUCUCAUUUUGUUUUAAUGUCUCAAAAUUCAAGCCAGUGUGAAAGUAAUUUACAAGGGAAAUUCAUUUUUGUUUAUUCUUUAAUCUUGUUACUUCAUUAGUUACAUCAGCAAUUUUUUUUCCAAUCUGGUUCUUUCAUAUAUGACGUCACUGUGAACUCUGAAAUCUAGCGACGGCCUCUACCGACUUUUACAAGUAAGAGUUUUCACACAGAAUCAGAAAGAGGGAAAUAUCAAACCACUUGCCGUUCUAUCGGGAGGAGAGGGUGCAAGGCUGCCAGCGAGGAGGAGCCGGAAGGAGUCCGCAGGGCUGGAGGCGGGCCACACGUCCUGGGCACCUGCCACCUCACCGACUGCCACCCCGCCGCCGAGAGGGCUGUUUGCUUCACUUAUUUCUCCACCUGUAAUAACUAUAAAUCCUGUUCCUAAAGCCUUACCAUGGACGGACUUUAGUCAUCGCAGUGGAAAUGUGCAGAGUCACUUGUUUUCAGUGAAGACGGAGAAGCAGGUGUGGUGCCGACGCCGCGAACAGCAAUCCUCUGGGCUCUGCUGUUCUGCUAAGGAACGAAGAAAAGAACGACCUUUAACUUCCAGCCGUGAGGGUCAUCUGCGGUCUUCUGGCAUCCGCGUGACUGGGAAGGUGGUCACUCCACGCUUCUUUCAGAGUGACCGAGGAGAGCACUGGGAGUGCGAAGGGACACUCGUCCGUCCUGGCGGCCUGACGCAGGAGGUCGCCACCGCUCCUGCGGGUGCCGGGUAACCCGUGUGGCGCUCUCUGGAAAAGCCAAAUGAGCGGGGCGCCCAGCCUUGGCUGUAUUACGUUCCCUGUUAAACUCCUCCCUCCCUUUUCAGUGAGCGCCGGAAGUGAAGUAUCGCUGGCCUGUAAAUGGAUAUUUUUCCACAGCAACAAGUAUUCAACACAUCAGCCUAUAAACCUGAAAAAGUUCUAAAAAGAGAGGAUAAACUAAUGCCCACUUCUGAAAGUUUGUGCUUUCUUAACAUGGAUAAAUGAAAACUGGAAAACGACUUCAGUAGUUUACUAAUGUGAAUUGGAUAUAACAAUACUAAUUUUAAAACAUUUUUCUCUUUAGGCAGUAUUAAAAGUUUAAGUAUCAGUAUGAAAACAGAACUUUUUGGGACUCUGAUAAUGGAGUGUAAAAACUACCCACAGCUUAAGAGAAAAAUACUACUGAUAACCAAGUAUGAGGGGAAAAAGCUAAAAGAAUCGCAGUUUUAAGUUGGCACCAUUUUCUAUUCAUGGUGGAAAAUGAAAGAUUUCACCUUCAAAGCAUGACAUUGGUCAGAAGUUUUAUGUGACAUUUACCAUGAAAAAAGGGCACAAGAUGCUUAGUUAAAAACGUCUCCUCAGUCAGGCUUGUGCCUCCUUAGAGGGACAGAGCACCGGUGACAGGCCCUGUGCAGAGUUUUCGUCGGGUACACACCAGUGGUUAACCUAGAGAAAUGCACGCAGCUACGCUGAGCGUAGCUGACUUCUCCGUGUUUAUAAAGAAAGGAGAAAGGCAAAUGCUGACUUACCAACAAUUAUCCUUAUUCUAAAUCAGUUCAUUCCUUUUUUUGUUAGUAGCAGAGUUUAUUCUGUAAUUGCAAAUGAUGUUAAUAGGUGGGGAUAAUGAGUUUUGUUUAAUGAUCUCAUUUGCUGAAUGAUUUAAGAGUAAAAUUAGCCACUGCGUGGCUUUGUGUAUAGUAAACAGACUUUGUUUCGUGGGUUGAACCUCUUCCGUGCAGUGGAAGGCAGAGCACAGGGGAGGGGAAAACUGGAGAUGUCUGGUGAGUGAGGCUGUUACUCCUACUGUGGUUGGUUUGAACGAGACAAGACGAAGUAACUUAAUCCAUCUCAAUUUAGUGUCUUAGUAAAAACACCACCGAACAUUAACUGAAAUGGGUCUCAGACAUGUCUACAAAUAGGGGUACUAUUUUUAUGCCCGUGUAUUUUCACAUUUAAUAAAAAUAUUUAUGGUCA